GCCAGUCAUAUGUUCUCCGGUGCUGGGAGCUGAGCUCACACGGCUCUGCUCUCCGUCUCUCCCUCCUCGUUUCGGUUGCUCGUACCUUUGCACCACCACCGGGGGUUCCGCCGGAACGCUCGCCGAGAGAAGAGCGCCAUGGCCCGUGUGGUGGUUCAAGGGAUGCUGGGGACAGUUCCGGUCGGAGGGGGAAUGAUGCUGAACCGGCGGAGGAGCAAAGCCAGACGGAGAAAGCGAAAGGAGUUGUUCGGCUUCCAGAUGUGCUUCGCGGGGCUGCUGCUGGGGCUCGUCGUGGGGCUCCAGUCGGUGGCACAGAAAGCAGGAUAUCAUGUUUCCAGCUCCAUGGUUGUGCAGGAGGCGAGGUGGGAGAGUCGUCACCUUCUACAAGAGGGCAAUGAGUCCAAGCUGUACUCAGAGGUGGAGAAAAACUGCACUGAACCAGCUAUCCAUGAGUUCCCCAGGGAUUACUUCACCAACCAAGAGCGCACUGAAGGAGCAGUGGGUCUGCAUGUCCUCUGUGCUGUGUACAUGUUCUAUGCUCUGGCUCUGGUGUGUGAUGACUACUUUGUUCCCUCCCUGGAGAAGAUAUGUGAGCGUCUGCACUUGAGUGAGGAUGUUGCAGGAGCCACUUUCAUGGCAGCCGGCAGCUCAGCACCUGAACUGUUCACAUCUGUCAUUGGAGUGUUCAUCACUAAAGGUGACGUUGGGGUCGGCACCAUCGUGGGUUCUGCUGUCUUCAACAUCCUCUGCAUUAUUGGAGUGUGUGGGAUAUUUGCUUUGCAGACGAUACGUCUGUCCUGCUGGCCUCUGCUCAGAGACUCUGUCUACUACACCUUGUCUAUAACUGCUCUAAUAGUGUUCAUAUAUGAUGAAAAAGUGGUUUGGUGGGAAGCUCUCACGCUGAUUCUGAUGUAUUUUGUCUACAUUUUGAUUAUGAAGUUGAACUCUCACGUUGUUCGUUUUCUGGAGAGACGGAAGAAGAACUCGUCCAGUUUAAGGAAUGGUGCUGCCAGUAACGCUGAACUGGAUGAUGGCUGCGAUGCUACGGCUGUUCUGUUGAAAAAAGCGAACCACCACAGGAAGCCAUCCGUGCUGAUGGUAGAUGAGCUGCUGUCAGCGUAUCCCCACCAGCUGUCCUUCUCCGAGGCCGGCAUGAGGAUCAUGAUCACCAGCCACUUCUCCCCCAGAACCCGCCUCACCAUGGCUUCCAGAAUGCUCAUCACUGAGAGGCAGCGUCUCAUUAACACAAGGACUCUGACCAACGGUGACUCUGACGUCCCUGUGAAAGGAGUAAGUCGACGGGGCAUAGAAAACGGUCUUUCCGGAGCCGAGAGGGGCAUCAACGUUCGCCAUGACGACCGAGAGGCGGGCAAUGAGACAGAGAACGAGGACAACGAGAACAACGAGAAUGAUGAAGAGGAGGAAGAAGAGGAUGGAGAAGGACCCUUUGUACCCUUCCAGUGCCCAGCUGGUGUGGUGAAUAAGCUGAAGUGGCUGCUGGCCUGGCCUCUGUGUCUGCUGCUCUACUUCACCGUCCCCAACUGCAACUCACCUCGCUGGGAGAACUGCUUCAUGCUGUCCUUCGCUUGCUCCACCUUGUGGAUCGCUGCCUUCUCCUACAUCAUGGUCUGGAUGGUAACAGUAAUAGGCUUCACACUCGGCAUCCCAGAUGUCAUCAUGGGCAUCACCUUCCUGGCAGCUGGAACCAGCGUCCCUGACUGCAUGGCCAGCCUCAUAGUGGCACGACAAGGAAUGGGAGACAUGGCGGUAUCCAACUCCAUUGGUAGUAACGUGUUUGACAUCCUGGUGGGGCUCGGUCUCCCCUGGGCCCUGAAGACCCUGGCCAUCAACUAUGGCUCUGAUAUCAAACUAAACAGCAAAGGACUGAUUUUCUCUGUGGUGCUCCUGCUGGCAUCUGUGUUCAUGACGGUCCUGGGAGUUCACCUCAACAAGUGGACGCUGGACAGACGUCUGGGUUUAAUGUGUCUCCUCCUCUACACCGUCUUCCUGUGCUUCUCCUGCCUGAUCGAGUACAACAUCUUCACCUUCGUCAACCUGCCCACCUGCCGGGACGACUGAGACGCACAUUUACACUCCACGCUACACGCACAUACACACAGGGGGUGGUGUUUACAAAGAAUCCCAGGUGAAGUAUUACAUAAGUAGCUUGUAGUGUUCAAUGACAGAAAUCUACACCUAAUCAGUAAAAAUUAAUAGGCAAAUAUGAAAUAACUCAGACCUGAUUCACACUGUUUCCGGCUUCUCGUUUCUUUGCCGAGACGACGUCCCACUCUGCUAUUCUUUCCUGCUUGUUUUCCUGCUCGGUGCAAUAUGGAGCUGCUCUGGUGUUUACUCUCGACCAGACCAGAGCGUGGGACUGAUUCCAGGAGCAGAGAUGGAGCUGACGGACUCAUUACAAGCCCUCACAUAGAAGAGCACCGAGGACAACUACCACAAACCAACAUUUACAAAAAGGAAAAGCAUCAUCUUUGUCCAACUACUGCUAGUUUCUGAUGUGAGGACCUUUCAUUUCGAACCUCCUUGUAUUUAGGUGUGAUGUUUCCUAGCUGCUAACCUUUCCUGAUGGGAGAGGCAGGUCUUUUAGAUUUACUAGUUGAGAGUAAAAAUGAUAAAAAGCAAUGAUGUAAAGGGGUGGGAGGGGGUAGUUUAGCACCGUGGUGCAGAUAAUGAAGGGCUGUUUAGACAGUCACGUGUCACGUCUUUAGGCAGAGAACAGAAUCUGUUAUGCAGAUGAGUACAUUUUCAAACACCAUUAUCUUCUGACUAUUUUUACUUCCAUCAUGUGGUCAUAAUUAAGUCUGCUGAGUGACUUUCCCAAUUAUUUCCACCUCCACAGAACCAGGGCAUUAUCCCCUCACUUUUAUAUAAAUUAUCUAACAGCUGUAGCUUUUUUGUUUGGUAUUGAUUAGCUAUUUUUCCAUUUCCCUUCUGUAAAUAGCCCACCCCUGUAAAUAUCCGCAGAUGUCCUAUUUAUUAUUUAUUCAUGUAAUACGCACAUUUGUCCUCUGGAGGUCACAAAAACACUUUCCACACAAGGUUUCAUUUCUGGAGUCAAGCGUCCAAGCCAAGACCUCCUCAGACAACCACUCGUGUACAAAACAAGCACAAUUUCCUCUGAGGGUCGUUUUGCUGAUUUCAUUUGAUUUGGAUUUGUAGUUGUGUGUGUGGAUGUGAAAUGCAGAAUUCAAAGUUGCACUGAAAAGCUUUGCAGGCGGCCAGGCUGCUCCUGCUAAUACAUGCUGAUUAUAAGGAGAAGAUCCUUGUAAAAUGAAGCAGGUUUAUAUGGGGUUCGUGUAUUCGAGAAGCAGAUGUGUUCGUAUGUUUUUUCGGGGAGGGAGGGGAAUUGUUGUUGUCACAGUCUGCACUGACACCCAGGAACAGAAAUAAUGGACUGCUGCUUUUUCUCCUCUUGAAGACACUGACCAAAUAGACUCUAAACAGUGGUGGCAUUAUUCAAAAUGUCAGCUGGACGAGGUUUUUCCUCUGUGGUGGAUAGACGUCCUGCUUCACUCCUGUGCAGCCCAAAGACAAUUUAAGCUAUUUAAGUGGCAGGAAGGUAAUAGUAGAGUAACAAUGCAGGACUUUAACCCCAACUCUUUAAGGUGAGGGUAGUUCCACUUUAUUUUUAUCCAGGAGUUCUUUGUAUUUUGUAAUUCCUAAUGUCUAGAUUUGUCCAGAUAUGGUAGGUUUGUGGUACAUAAAUAAUCCUACUAGUUUUUAGAGCAUGUAUAAUGUGGUUUGUGAAACCCUCCAGGGAUUUGGAUUCCACUGCAGGCCAGCGAAGUCACACUGUUCCUCAAAGACUGUGAGUGACCGCUUGUCAGAGUGUUGAUUCUCACACAGUACCCAUCAAAAUGUCAGCUUUGCCAGCACAUUGGUUCAUUUGAAAUGUCAAGUGCCCUACUCAUGGUUUUUUUUUUUUGGUUUUUUUUUUCUCUAAGGGAAAGCUAUUGCUAAAACUAAAAACUGAAUGACUUUUUCAGGUACUUUGUUAAUUUAUUGAUAAGUAAUAUAAAAGAUCAAAUCUGAGAAUUACGGUCUUUCGAAUGUACAAAUAAUUAAUGUUGUUUUUGUUUCUAUAUCCUCCAUAUUUAUUGAUUUCUCAGAUACAGGCAGAGUACUCUGUGCUAUGACCGGAAAACAGGGUUUGAAUCUAAAGUAAUGCAAUAACUAUGAGCUUACAGAUAUGUAAAUAUGCCACUUUACUAUUCAAAGAAACAUUUAUAGUAGAGUUUAAAAAUGUAUUCAAAUUGUAAAUGAUGUCUGUCAAUAUCAACUUGUCAUUCUUAAUGAAAUGAUUCAUCACUGACAACAAUAAUCUAAAGCAGGACUGUUACCAACAUACAGAACCAGACAGCUCUAAACAUUCCUAAUAAGCUAAACUGUUCAAAUCAUUAUCAGACACUGUUUUAACAUCAUCGAGAUGGGAGCUCUUGAUAAUGGCACCUGAGGUCACCGUUUUUUAUCGUUUAUCAGGGUAGAAAUGUUGCAUCUUUUCUUAAUUAUUUCUUCCAACGUAUGAUAAUACGCUGAAACACUUUACAAAGAAAAUGUUGCCGGUUCUGAUUUCCAAAGGAAAAUUAUGAACGCACAUUUGUACCCCCCCAAAAAAGAUUAAAAUUAAGAGUGAAAAAAAUCACUCUUAACUUCUUUGGUUAGAAAAUUAAUGGUUACGCAGUUUGACUUGGGAAUUCAGAUUAUGAGACAGUAUGUCAGAAUCAUCAGGCACUAAGGAAAAAUUGUGGAAACAUUAAAGGUGCAAUAAGGACCCAAGGUUUCCCUUCUCUGCGGGGAAACCUUGGGUCCUGCAUUCACGUGGAUAACGGCCCAGAGCAUCAUACUGUCCUUUGCAUUUUUCCCCAUUCUGCUGCCAUCUCUUCUACAGUUAAAUGAUGAACACACACACAUGACUCGUCACAUGAUGUGUAAGAGAGUGUGAUUGAUCAGAUCAGGCCAUGGUCCAGCUCCUACACCUGUGUAUUCUUCAGUAUGGACGCUGACCAGUCUGUAGCUAUACAGCAUCAUACAGAGCUGCUCUGGAGAUGCUCUGAACCAAUCAUGGAGGCGUUACAGUAUGGUCUUUGUCAAAAUCACUCUGAUCCUAACACUGCCCUUUUUCUUUCCUGCUUCCAAAAUAGUGGAACACACUUCAACAAGUGACUGUUCAAGAUUCAGUGAUUUUAGUCAAAUCAAGAAGUGGAUAAUUCAUACAUAUUGUAGCAUUUUAUCACUAGCUACUAACUCCCUGCUGCUCAGUCUUGGUAGGCUGACCCACUCCAUGUCAAUUGAUAUGCUGACUGUUGAAGACAAAUCACUGUCAUCCACCAUGCCUGUAUAAACCAGGAAUUUUCUUUUGGUUUAUUAUGUUUAUCAGAAAAUAUCUGUAUCCAGCACUUUACCGUCAAAAACUCCCGGUAUGCUACAGGUGAUUUGGUUCAAUGCAUUCUGUGCUGCUAUUCACUGCAGGAACCAAGUCUCUGAAAUGAACCAAAAUGCCACCAAAAUGCUCACAUUCUGAAACGAGGCAUAUUGUAGAGGAGAUUUCUAAAUAAUUUGUGAUAUUCACAUGGGUUAUCCCCCAUUGCUGAUGUACAUAUGUAUAUAAAUAGGUGUAAAUGUAUUCAUAUAUUUUUUGUCUCAAUCUGUAUAUCUGUUGAAUAUAUUUUCAUAGAUCCUAGGUCUCCCUUGUACUUCCCUUUGUUUUGAUGUGUGUGAGACCUCUGACGCUAUCGUCCUUUGUUUACUCGCAUGGAGAUAUUUCAAUAUAAUAAAUUAUUUAUGGUAAAUCUUGACGUGCUUUGGGAUGAAAGUCUGGAGAGUUUUUAGAUGGCACUGGAUGUAGUUUGAACUGGAUAUCCUAGGUGACUGCAUGCCGCUGCUAACAUAGGACAUAAUAAGAGAUGGAGAGUGAGAGUGUUUGCAGAUGCUGUUUCUCUACGUACCCGAGCUUUACCUUCCUACAGAAGAAACUUUUGAACAGAAUGGUUUACUUUGUGUUUAGAUGUUUCAAAUGUACUUUUAGAGGUCAUUUUGCUACCUGAGCAUUAAUAAAGUUGUCUUUGCUUAAGGUAACCCCA